AUGUUGUAAUUCAAAAUAAAAAAUAGUUUGUAUUUUCCGAAGAAUAUACAAUUACUAGUUUUCUCGACCACACCGAUAUUAUUAUUUCUUUAUUUGGUGUGCACCUUCUUGGUGACUGAUUGUGUUUUAGUGGCUGGAUAAGAGUGUUUAAGCACAAAAAUGUACCGAAUUUAUAAAAUUUCAUAGAAAAAUUGUUUUAAUUUAAAAGGCUUCUUAAGCUUAACGAGUUACAACAACAUUAUAUCAUGGUGUGCUGCGCUGUCACUAUGUGCAAAAACACAUCUACAAAAAUAUCUAAGAAUAAAGAUGGGAUUACAUUUCACAGAUUUCCUCGUGAUCCUGAUCGACGAUGCCUGUGGGAGAUAGCUGUGAACCGUGAGGAUGAAUGGUCAGCUUCAGCCUUUAGUGCAGUGUGUUCUGAACAUUUCGAUAUAAAGGAUUUCUACAUAACAGAGGGUGGGUUGCGCCGCCUGUCUGUAGAUGCUGUCCCGUGCGUAAAUAUUUCUGCUUGUCAAAUACCCAAGCCAACUUUUUCAAAUCUUCCAAUUGAUGUGAAGCCUUCGGACUCAGAUGAAGUCAUGAAAUUAAAAUUUAAAGUAAACAGACUUGAGAUUAUAGCUGAGAACAGAAAACGUAGAUUACAUAUGAUGUGGCAAGGCCGAAGGAGACUCAGGAAAAAACUUGAAAGAAUGAAGUGUAUAAUUAAGCAUCUUAUCAGAUAUAAGGAAGACAAGCUCUCAGAAAACAAGUAAAUAUCAAGUAUAUGGAUGAGCCUUAUCUCUCUUUCUGAUUAUUCCUUUUACACAUGACACGGGAUGUACUAUAUAUGGACACAAGUUUAUGUUUUACUUUGUCUCUUAAAGGAG